UCUAUUGAACAUUAGCUUUCACUCCUGAUUGUCAACAACCGGAGUUUAGUACGCGUACUUAGUCCGAAACUACUUUAGAUACAUUUACGUAUUUUUCAGUAUUGUUUUCAAGUUGUUAUCCCAAUGUCUAGACGAUCAAUAUUCCAAUGUUUAACGAUAACAGAUAUGCUAGCAUUCUUUAGCCUUUAUAGUUUUGAAUCCCUCGAUCUAUUUGCGGGGAUUUUAUUGAAAAAUGAAACGUAACUGCGCCUUUAGUUUGUACAUAGACUGGAUGAAAACCUGGUCACGGGUAAAAAUGAGCGGAAACCGGACUGAUAGUUUAAAGUUUGAGGUAUCAAAUAGAUUUUAACAAUCAAAUAGAUUAUAAUAGAAACAGAACGCUCAGUAAUGCACAGAUUCUUGGAAAAUGCUGUAACUGCUGAUGUAUCGACGAUUGUUCGAGUGGUAGAAAUUUCCCCCACAAAGUUCCAUGUGGGUCUGCUAUUCUGUCACAGUUGAGAUUAAAGAUAAUUUGGAUUUGUGAUGUCUUUAUAACAUGCGUAUGUUUGAAUUUUACAUUUUCCGUUCCCUUAUCGUUUGUUACCGAAAAAGAUAGUCCCAUUCCCUGUUUCCAGAAGGCAGUAGUUUCGCAUAAGAGCCGCCAUUGGAGCCACUAGUGUAACUACCGGAAAAUAAAAAGUUCUUUUAAUCCGGUGUUGCCGGUACCGGCAAAGGAGAUAGUGAUUCGUCGGGCUAUUACAAUCUAGUAAGCUUCAAAGUGUGGGCUAUGUCUGUGCGCCGUAGCUGCGGCAGUGAGCUGUGAGGAGUGACGGAAUCCACGAGAGAGUGUGCAGUAGUUUUGAGAAGCAGUUAUGCUCUACAUAGUCUCCUCUUUUCAGAAAUACUUGUGCCUUUUUUGGGAACAGUGAAUACGGAUUACUGAGCAGACAGCUUGAUUGCUAAGCGAUGGAGAACGAUCAGGAUCUUCGUGAUCGUAUAAAUUCUUUAGAAAAGAGGCUAGAUGACCAAAAUGAUGAAAUGGUGUGCCUUCGUUCCACUUUGGCCGACGCGUUGCGUCGAAUUGGUGCAAUAGAAUCUCGGAGAGGUUCCAGCCCGUCCAAAGAACCAGUUCAUCGUCGUUUGGCUCAAAGCGUGAGCUCAUUGACGGAUUGCAAUACACCCAACUCAUCUCAAAUACCACGUGACGUGUCUCGACGUCAAUCAUCCUCUGCUAAUGCGACAAUCGCACACAGCCGGAAUUCCAAUAUGUCUCGGUCAAAUGGGUCACUAGUGUCCGAAUGCCCAAGCUCUAGCAGUGCAUCGCCGGCACCGUCACCGUCUCCGACGUCACGGCCACAACAUGUACAGUUCAACAGUUUGAUUUCCGAUAUUGGACACGGUAGAACCAGAACGCCUAAUUCUUCUAUGCGGACAUCGUUUGUGUCAACAUCAAAUAGCCUGCAAACCGCUAAGCGGUGGAGUUCAACCAGUGACUUUGUACCCACCAACGGCCUCAUCUCAAGAAAAUCAGAUUCCAAUUCGUUGCUUAACCUCAACGCAAAAUAUCCUGUUGGAAACAUGACGAGGUAUGGGACGCGCAGCGCCGUUUACAGCAGUGACGAAGGCUUCGUCAAGUUUCCCUUUAAAGGUCGCAACAUCAAUCUUUACAUUCCCAGCGCACAACGCGAAAAAUAUUCGGCGUCGCAGACUUUGCCACUCCCGGAAGCAAAACUAAAAAUGGAAUGGGUUUAUGGAUAUCGCGGAAAGGACUGCCGAUCAAAUUUGCAUCUUAUUCCAACCGGCGAACUAGUCUACUGCAUUGCGGCUAUUGUCGUACUUUUCGACGCCGAAGAGCACGGACAGCGAUUUUAUCUUGGCCAUACCGGCGACGUGAAAUGCUUAGCUAUUCAUCCGAACAAGUUAUUGAUUGCGUCCGGUCAAGCAGCUGGUCGAGAUCCUUACGAAGGCACGCCCCAUGUUCGAAUAUGGAAUUCGGUCAGCCUUCAAACCCUUUUUGUACUUGGGCAAGGAGACUUUGGCAAAUCUGUUUCUUGCGUUGCUUUUUCAAAAGCGGAUGGUGGCAGUAUGUUACUGAUUAUAGAUGAGUCGCCAGAUCAAACGUUAUCCUUGUGGGAGUGGCAAAAGGGUGAAAGAGGGCAAAGAAUUGCGGAAACAAGGUGCUCUUCGGAUUUGGUGGUGGCAGUUGAAUGGAAUCCCGUUCCGAGAGAACGUUUCGCUUUUGUUACUAGUGGAAAAGGACACGUAUGUUUUUGGUCUCUCGAAAAUGGUACCUUAGGCCGCAAGCUAGGCGUCUUCGAAUCACGUGAUAAGCCAAAAUAUAUUACCUGCCUGGCCUUCGCUGAUAACGGAGACUGCAUUACCGGCGAUUCCAAUGGAUCUCUCAUAAUUUGGUUAAAGGGGUCAAAUUUAAUUCAGAAAACCAUUCGUAACGCGCACGAAGGCCCCGUUUUCUGUUUGCUUACCCUAAAAGACGGGCGGCUUGUCUCUGGAGGCGGUAAAGACGGCCAACUAGUUCUCUGGGAUUUGCCAUCGUAUCGAAGGACGGGGUACAUUACUGAAAUUCCGGAGAAGUAUGGAAAUGUGCGCGUUGCUGUUCAAGGAAAAGGAUCGCAGAUCUUAGUCGGCACGACGCGGAACUGCAUAUUGAGAGGCAGCUUCGACAUACCAUUUACACCUUUAAUGGUUGGUCAUACGGAGGAAUCAACGGGCUUGUGCGUUCAUCCCUCCCAAUCGCAGUUUUUGUCUUUCGGCUACGAUGGACGACUUCAACUCUGGGACACCAUGAGUCGUACCAUAAUUUGGGGCAAAGAUAUCAGAGACCCGAUACAAUCUGCCUGUUUUUCGCCUGAAGGCCAAGUACUUGUUAUUGCCAGCACCUGUGGAAAAUGGUUUGUCAUGGAUUCACAGACCCGAGAUAUCUACGCAACGCAUAUGGAUGGCACGGAGCCAGUUCAGGUAGUGAAAUUUUCGCCAAAUGGCAAGAUGUUGGCCAUCGGAUCCAAAGAUGCAUCGAUCUACAUCUACCAAGUCUUGGACAAAUAUCGAAAAUAUUAUAGAGUGGGAAAAUGCGUGGGCCACACGGGUUUUGUCAGCCAAAUGGAUUGGGCCUGCGAUAACUUACAUCUUCAGACAAAUUCUGGAGAUUGUGAAUUACUAUAUUGGAAUACUGGAGUUUGCCGUCAAAUAACGCAACCGUCUAGUAUGCGAGAUAUGGAGUGGAGCUCAGUUACUUGCCCGAUUGGCCCCACUUCUUUCGGAGUUUUAUCCGAAGGAAGUGAGGGAACUGACGUCAAUUCAUGUUGCGCAUCUCAUUCCAGGAGACUUUUAGUCUCAGGAGAUGAUGGAGGACGCCUUAAGCUGUUCACGUAUCCUUCAUCUCAACCCAAAUCACCUUGCCAUUCCUACCAGGGGCACAGCAACAUUUCGUGUGUUUGUUUCUUAUCAGAUGAUACACGAGUUUUGUCGGCUGGAGGCCGAGAUUCAUCAAUAAUUCAAUGGACUGUGGAAAGUUCGUAGGGUCUUCCUGGGUGUGAAACUGAACGUGAAACUGAACGUGAAGGUGAACUGGGAAGUUUAUUGCCUCGCCACGUUUGUUGUGCUAUAUUUUUAAAGUUAAUUUACAGAUCUUUUAUUCUUGAAAGAAAUAAUAAUAUCCAAUGCACUAAUUUUGUAGCUGUAUAUCCACAUUGUCAAACAAAAAUUCCAAUGUUUUAUAAAUUUCUUCUUUUAUGAGACGAAAGUAUAUUUAGAUACUUUCCUCUUGUCAUUUCUUUGGCUUCUUCAAGACCAAGCUGGUAGGCCAAGUUUUGCAGCUGUUUAACUUCAACUAUCAAUUCCUGAGCUGUCAACUUAGAAUAACCUACAAAUUGGAUAAAAGAUUAGAUUUCGGAAUGUGUUCGACUGUAGGAAAACUAAAGUUAAUAGCACCUGUUGAGCUUAAUUAAUACAAACAAUAAAUAAUUUU